UCACCGGCUUCAUUCCUGUAGAGAAGGGACGAAGAGGGGCAGGAAGCCAGCUCAGCGGCUCCUCCUCGUCAUUAACCGGCUUCAAAAACACAUUUCACCGAGCUAAAAUCGCCACCUUCCCCCCGGAGCCUGAGACAAACAAUCGGAAGAAGAAAGAGGAAGACAGAGAAAGAAAAGCUCCUCCGAGAAGUCGCCCUGCGGAGACUAAUCGAACGGACCUCACUUCAGGGACGCCCUUUCCCCGAAAAGGUUUAAAAAAAGCACAAUUUUUUCGUCAAGUUUUUUUUUUGUGUCAUUUUUUUGUCACAAUGACCCGGAGAUCGUGUGCCAUUUACGCCACCGGCAUCGUGUGCGCCCACCUCCUCAUCGUGGGGAUCGCCCUGGUGGUGGCUCAAGUCUUCCAGACUCUCAUACAUAAUCGCUUAAAAAAGGAAAUAACAUUGACGGAGAAGAGUCAGAUGUUCGAGUCGUGGAAGAACCCGCCCCCGCCCGUCUACAUGGAAUACUACUUCUUCAACAUCACCAACCCGGAGGUGGUGUUGGCGGGCGGCAAGCCAUCCGUCCAGCAGAUCGGACCCUACACCUACAGGGAGUACCGGCCCAGGGUGAACGUCAGCUUCCUGGAGAACGGCACCAAAGUGUACGCCCUCAACCCUAAAACUUUUGUGUUCUUGCGGGAGAAGUCGGUGGGGGACCCCGAAGUGGACAUCCUCAGGACCAUCAACAUCCCCUUAGUGGUGGUGAUGAACGAGCUGAACUCGUACUCGUUCUUCCUGCGCAGCAUCAUCUCCAUGUACAUCAAAGGCCUGGGGGUGACGUUGUUCACCACGCGCACGGUGCACGAGUACCUAUGGGGCUUCAAGGACCCCAUCCUCACCAAGAUCCACUCCAUGAAGCCCGACGUGGACGAGUACUUUGGCCUCAUGUGGAAGAAAAACGGAACCCACGAAGGGGAGUUUGUGUUCAACACCGGCGAGCGGGACUACAUGGACUACGGCAAAAUUGACACGUGGAACGGACUCAGGGAGAUGACGUUUUGGUCGUCCAACCAGAGCAACAUGAUCAACGGCACGGACGGCGCCGUCUUCCACCCGCUCAUCAGCAGGAACGAGCUGCUCUACAUCUUCGCCGCCGAUCUCUGCAGGUCCAUCCAUCUGGCCUACGUGAAGGACGUGGAGGUGAAAGGCAUCCAGGCGUACCGCUUCGCGCCUCCCGAAGACGUGCUCAUGAGCCCCGUGGACAACCCGGCCAACGAGGGCUUCUGCGUGCCCGCAGGACACUGCCUGGGAACCGGCGUGCUCAAAGUCAGCGUGUGUCGACAAGGUGCCCCCAUCGUGGUGUCUUUCCCACACUUCUACCAGGCCGACCCAAAGUACAUCAACGCCAUCGAAGGCCUCAAUCCAAACAAGGAGGAGCACGAGACCUACCUUGACCUGCAGCCGACCACCGGCGUCCCCAUCCGGGCAUGCAAGCGCGCUCAGCUCAACGUCAUCCUGAAGAGAGUGACCGGCUUCCCUGACACCAAGUUCCUCAACGAAACCAUUUUCCCCAUCAUGUACGUCAAUGAGACGGCCACGGUUGAUGACGACUCUGCCUCCCAGAUGAGGACGCUGCUGCUAAUCGUUACCCUGGUGUCCAACUUCCCCUUGCUUAUCGUGGGCAUGGGCCUCAUCCUGCUGCUGGUCCUGGUGGUCCUGUUCUGCCGAAACCGCCAGAAGAAGAACGAAGUAAAACGCAUUGAUUUUACUGAGGCGUUUCAUUCUUUUGCUACGGCCAAAGACGAGACUGCGUACACGCAGGUCAGCGACAAGACGGACGAGUCGCCCGAGGCUCCCGCCGGCCAGCCGAUGAGGAACGGCUCCUACAUCGCCAUGUCUCCAGUGGAGGCCCAAAAGUGUUGAUCCGCCAUCGACCACCACCACCACCCCCCCCCCCCCCCUGCCUCACCAACUUGCCCACCUCCCGACCCCUCCUGACUCUUUUGACCAUGAGCCUGGAGCUCAGGAAGGGGGGCUGAGGGAGCAGUGCACAGUAUGGGGGAGGGGAGGGGAGGGGAUGGGGGGGUGGCUGAGUUUAAGUGGGUGGGCUCACUAUUGCGUUGGAUUGGGAACUCUCCCCCGAGCCAUUUUUUGGGACUCUCUAAUCCACCCCCACCCCGCAACGCCGAGUCAACCAGGAGAGACUUCCUCUUCCUCUCCUGGUUGACUCCAAAAAUGAAGGACUUGACCGGGGGCUGUUACCCACCCAACCCUUCCUCUCCCCCUCCCUUGGCCAAAAUGGUUGUCAUUUCAACACGGAUGCACCGUCCCACCAGUGGUAAAAACGCCUUGUCGUAUUAACAAAAAGGUUUUUUUAAAAAAAAAAAUAAGACUGAGCCAAUUUCGUCAUUUUUACCGAUUGUUUCACACACAAGCCGGUUGUGAAAGUGUCUUCGCACCAGUUUUUUUUUUCCCAUAACUAAAUACAUUUCCUAGCUGCUUGGUUUAUUCCCCGCCUGUAGCUCAUCAAAGUGUUUUUUUUUUUUCUUUUCAAUGGGGAACAACAACAACAACAAAAAAUCACCUGCGGAACUUACAAGGGAGACUCGAAGUCGCUUUCUCUGCCUUACCGCCAUGACGCUUUGCACGUCUACACUGUUACUCAAGCACAAAAAGAGACCAGGAGCAAUCCUCGGCCAAGCCAACGGGGGGUCGACGUUCGUUUUUCGUCAAAAGACGCCGUCGGUGUGUGACUGCGCAAAACGCAGCACUUGAAUCACUAGUUGUCUUAUCAUUUCCACAAAAAAAAAAAGAACAAAAAAAAAAUACAUCUCACACACACGAAAACCUUUUGCCUGGAAAAAAUGUGCCCUGCAUGUAUUUUUUUUUUCUGUGUGUGUGUCGUUGUUUUUGUGAUUUCUGUAAGUCGGUGGUCCGUCUGUACACAACAUUUCAAAUCCUUAUUUUUUUUUGUGUGUGUGUUUUUGUGGCCAUUAACCUGCGGAUGUUCCGAUGAGUCCCUGUUCGAGUCAACCUUCUUAUUUUGUUUGUUUGAGAGCCUAAAAGCCAACAAGGAAAAAAAAACAAAAAAGUUGAUGAAACUUUUUCAUAAAGCUUCCACUGGUUUGGCCCGGGUUCAGUUUAUGAGAGAAACGCCACACGCUAAAUUAUCUCCCGAUGACUCUCGCAAGGAUAAAGCGGGUCGGGUCACGCGCGGGUGGAUUUCACGAUGGAACGAAAAAAAAAAAAUUCCGAACUGUAUUGAACCAAACCAGCGGAGCUUUUUUUUUCCUCUUUAUGUCAUGUAUGCAUGGAUGUCAAGUGAUCCAGUUCACGUUGCUGUCUUCCACUUUGGUUCAGCUACACAACAAACGUAUCAUAGUUGGAAGCCGCAAAAAAUUUUUUAAAAAUGCCUGGCGUACUGCCAAGCAUAAUUUUGGGGGGACUUUCAGCCCACCUUUGAGCCCCAUCUGCCCGGCAAUCCAACGGAACGGUUCUAAAGAGUGGGACGGUUUGUUUUAUUUUCCAACCGGAAACACGAAAUGCACUGUACCGAGCCAAACUUUAUAGAUAUCUUUUUUUUUUUUUUUUUUUUGUGGAUCAGUGUUACGCGGUCCAGUGGUCCAGUGGUCCAGUUCAUUUCGCGCCGUUGUGAAUCGGAUCUAUUUUGUUUCCACUACGACAAGAGCAUCUCAUGGGGAAUCGGGGAAACCUUUCAAGACAGAACCGGACAUGUAAUGCGUGUAGAAAUAUGCGGCGGUUUUGUAUAUUUUAAUGUCAGUUCGACGAAUUGGCACGUUUGCGUGUUUGCGCGACCUUUUACGUGGCAAACGAGCCGACUUCCGCCCACCACCUGUGACCAAAGACAUCCCCGUUGAGCUCCUCUGUGCCACAAAACCGAUACCGCCUACCGUAUUCGCCCCCCCCCCCCGACCUCACGCCACUGUAUUUGCUGCUGUGCCUCCUUGACAUAAAGGCCAAAAAAAAAAGGAAUACUUUGGCGUGGAAUCUCAGUAUUAUUGUUAUUAUCAUUAUUAAUAUGAUGAUGAUG